GCGUGAGGGAACACGCGCAGGCCUGGCGGGAGGAGCCCGCUCUCCAGCGCUGCUGUGCCCUCAGCUGAGCGGCUUCUUCGCCUCACAGGCGCUCUCCCUCCUGCGCAAGCUGCGUUCUCCCCAGCAGUCCCUGCAGGAAGUGGCGGCCAGCUCGGCCCCACCCACCCCAGCCAGCCUCUAUAACCGGGCCUCGGGACCUCGGGACAGCGCAGGGAGCCCCAGCCCGCACGGCCCGCAGCUAUGAGCCUGUGUCUUUCUGGCGUACUCUUCUUCCUGAUGGUCUCCUUACCUUCAGGGCAUGGCAUGAUUGGGAAUAGAGGCGUAGAACUCCGACCCUGCAAGGCUCUUGGGGGCCUGUGUUUCUUCGGCUGUAAACCAGGAUGGACGUUUGUUGCAUUCUGUCACAACAUACUGGCUUGUUGUACAAAGAACAAAGUGUUUAUACCUGCCCAGGGCAAAGAAAUAUGACCUGCGCCAAUUAAAAGAAUGUGCGAAU